CCAAUCAAGCAGGAGAGACCAGCCUCACCAGUGCCCAGCGGUCUGUCCAUGAAGAGUGACCGGUCUAUGGGUACACCUAUACGGUUUAGAGAGGGAGACUUUUCUACUGAACAAAGAAACCAACAAGAGAGAUCAGAGUCAAAGAUUGUCAGUGGUCAGUCUUCCCAGAGUCUUCAAACAGACCUGGCCUCUAUAUUCAGUUUGCUUGAAGAAAAUAUUAUGACAUUUGUAAAGAACGAGCUGAAGAUGUUCAAGAAGAUUCUUCGUCCAGAACUCCCAGAAGGCUUUGAGAGACAUAAGCAGGAUAAGGAAGUGGAUGCUGAAGAUGAGAAGCAUGAGAGCAGUGCCAGAGAGGGGGCUCUGAAGAUCACACUGCACGUCCUGAGGAAAAUGAACCAGAAGGAGCUUGCUGACACACUGGAGAAAAAUGAACUUGCUGUGAUUUGCCAACGUGAACUCAAAUCUAAUCUAAAGAAGAAGUUUCAAUGUGUAUUUGAGGGGAUCGCUAAACAAGGAAACCCAACACUUCUCAAUAAGAUCUACACAGAGCUCUACAUCACAGAGGGUGGAACAGGAGAGGUCAAUAAUGAACAUGAGCUGAGACAGAUUGAGACAACAACCAGGAAACAAGCAAGACCAGAGACUGCAAUCAAAUGUAACGACAUCUUCAAACCCUUAACUGGACAAGACAAACUUAUCAGAACUGUGCUGACAAAGGGAGUCGCUGGCAUUGGAAAAACAGUCUCUGUGCAGAAGUUCAUUCUGGACUGGGCUGAAGGAAAAGCAAAUCAGGAUGUCCAAUUUGUAUUUUCAUUCCCUUUUCGGGAGCUGAAUUUGAUGAAAGGGGAAAAACACACUUUGAUUGAACUUCUCAAUCACUUCUCAAUGGAAACCAAAGAAUCACGAAUUUCCAACUAUGACAAGUACAAAGUUCUGUUCAUCUUUGAUGGUCUGGAUGAGUGCCGACUGCCCCUAGACUUCCAGAAGAACAAGAUCUGUUGUGACGUCACAGAGUCAACCUCAGUGGAUGUUUUGCUGACAAAUCUCAUCAAGGGAAAUCUGCUUCCCUCUGCUCUCCUCUGGAUAACUACCCGACCUGCAGCAGCCAAUAAGAUUCCUUCAGAGUGUGUUGACCAGGUGACAGAGGUACGAGGGUUCAAUGACCCACAGAAGGAGGAGUACUUCAGGAAGAGAUUCAGUGAUGAGGACCUGGCCAGCAGAAUCAUCUCACACAUAAAGACAUCAAGGAGCCUCCACAUCAUGUGCCACAUUCCAGUCUUCUGUUGGAUUUCUGCAACAGUCCUUGAAGACAUACUGAAACAUAAGAGAGAAGAGGUGCCAAAGACUCUGACUGAGAUGUACACACACCUUGUGGUGUUUCAUACCAAACAUCAGAAUGAAAAGUAUCUUGGGAAAGAAGAGACAGGUCCCGACUGGAAUAAAGAGAGCAUUCUGUCACUGGGAAAACUGGCUUUUCAACAGCUUGUGAACGGCAAUCUGAUUUUCUAUGAAGAAGACCUGAAAGAGUCUGGCAUUGAUGUUAAUGAAGCCUCAUUGUACUCAGGAUUGUGCACACAGCUCUUUAAAGAGGAAUGUGGUCUGUACCAGGACAAGGUGUACUGCUUCGUGCAUCUGAGCAUUCAGGAGUUUCUGGCGGCUGUAUAUGUGUUCCUCAACAAUGAGAAUCUUAUGACCAAACCUCAAUCAACAUCCAGGAACCUUUUUGCGCUGUUCAGAAACAAGCCUGGAGUUACUUUCUACAAGAGUGCUGUGGAUGAAGCCUUACAAAGUGAGACAGGAAACCUGGACCUUUUCCUCCGCUUCCUCCUGGGCCUCUCACUGGAGUCCAAUCAGAAGCACUUACGAGGUCUACUGACAAUGACAAGAAGCAGCUCACAGAGUCAUGAAGAAACAGUCAAGUACAUCAAGGAGAAGAUCAGGGAGAAUCCUUCUCCAGAGAGAUGCAUCAAUCUGUUCCACUGUCUGAAUGAACUGAAUGACCAUUCUCUAGUGGAGGAGAUCCAAAGAUACCUGAGAUCAGGAAGUCUCUCAGGAGCCAAACUGUCACCUGCACAGUGGUCAGCUCUGGUCUUUGUGUUGCUGACUUCAGAAAAGGAGCUGGAUGUGUUUGACCUGAAGAAAUACUCCAGAUCAGAGGAAGGUCUUCUGAGGCUGCUGCCAGUGGUCAAAGCCUCCAGAGCUGCUCUACUGUCAGGCUGUGGAGUCACCGAAAAAGGAUGUGGUUCUCUGGUCUCAGCUCUGAAGUCAAACCCCUCACACCUGAGAGAGCUGGACCUGAGUAACAAUGACCUGAAGGAUUCAGGAGUGAAGCUGCUCUCUGCUGGACUGGGGAAUCCCCACUGUAAACUGGAGACUCUGAGGCUGUCAGGCUGUGGAGUCACGGACAAAGGCUGUGCUUCUCUGGCCUCAGCUCUCAUCUCAAACCCCUCACACCUGAGAGAGCUGGAUCUGAGUAACAAUGACCUGAAGGAUUCAGGAGUGAAGCUGCUCUCUACUGGACUGGGGAAUCCCCACUGUAAACUGGAGACUCUGAGGCUGUCAGGCUGUCUAGUCACAGAGGAAGGCUGUUGUUCUCUGGUCUCAGCUCUGAAAUCAAACCCCUCACACCUGAGAGAGCUGGAUCUGAGCUACAAUCACCCAGGAGACUCAGGAGUCAGACUGCUCUCUGCUGGACUGGAGGAUCCAAACUGCAGACUAGAGAAACUCAAUGUGGAACAUGGUGGAGAGAACAGAAUGAAACCUGGACUUAGAAAAUAUGCCUGUGAUCUCACACUGGACCCAAACACAGCACACAGACUCCUCCCUCUGACUGAGGAUAACAGAAAGGUGACACGUAGCAGAGAGACACAACCGUAUCCUGAUCACCCAGAGAGAUUUGAGGUCUGGCAGCAAGUGCUGUGUAGAGACAGUCUGACUGGGCGCUGUUACUGGGAGGUAGAGAGGAGUGGGGGAUUGGCUGACAUUGGAGUGACAUAUAAAGGAAUCAGCAGGAGAGGAGAGGGUAAUGACUGUGUUAUUGGAUCCAAUGACAAGUCCUGGAGUCUGUUCUGCUCUGACAACAGUUACACUGCCAGGCACAAUAAUAAUCCCACUACCAUAGCCGUCCCCUCCAGCUCCCACAGAGUAGGAGUGUAUCUGGACUGGCCUGCCGGCACUCUGUCCUUCUACAGAGUCUCCUCUGCCACACUGACCCACCUGUACACAUUCUACACCCCAUUCACUGAGCCCCUCUAUCCAGGGUUUAAGGUUAAUGAUGUUGACUCCUCAGUGUCGCUGUGUCAGGUGUUCAUGGGGCCAAAAAGACAUGAUGUUUCACUCUAAUCAUGUGUUUUAUGUUUGAUCACAAUAUGAUCAUGUAAAUACAAUUUAAAUGCAUGGAGUAACACACACACACCAGUUUGGACCAGUUUAUUCCUGGAAAUAAUAACCAUGGUAACUCUGUGUCAAUGGACACACACACUCGCACACUGGACACACACUGGACAAACUGGACACACACACACACACCCACACACACACACACACACACACACUGUAAGUGAAAAUGUUAAUUGAAUGUGCCCAUAACUGAGUAUGUGACUAACCUUGUGAAACUGUCCUAUUAUAGUGUCCUGUUCUUCUGAAUAUUUGUAGAUUAGAUUUGUAAUAGUGUUAUAGUAAUGAAUAAAGUUCAGUUCCAGCUUCACACUGAAACAAAAAAACCAUAAUAAUAAGAUAAUAAUAAUAUAACCAGCCAGGUGAAAUGAUUUGCUGUAUUCCAAAAGCACCAGUGCAUGAACAGUUGUAAAGGAUGAACUGCAUAAUAUAUAUAUAUAUAUAUAUAUAUAUAUAUAUAUAUAUAUUCAUGACAAGACAAGAUCUAAAAACAGUCAUUUGUUGAUUGUGUCAGAUGCUGUAGUUCCUUUAUACCUGUGACUUUUUUUUCUUUUUAAAAGUUUUUUUAAAGGUGUAGAUCAGCAUAAUAUUGUGGAAAGAAUGUUGCUUCCAUCAAUGUAAUUGUCUGCAUCAUUUCCAAUCCCCCAUAUAUCUUUGGGGUAAAUAUACAUACCCAUACACGCAUGCAUACAUAUACACAUAUAUACAUACCCAUACACGCAUGCAUACAUAUACACAUAUAUACAUACCCAUACACGCAUGCAUACAUAUACACAUAUAUACAUACCCAUACCUAUGUAGACAGACAUAUACACAUAUAUACAUACCCAUACCCUUAUAGACAUACAUAUACACAUAUAUACGUACACAUACCUAUAUAGACAUACAUAUACACAUAUCUAUAUAGACAGACAUAUACACAUAUCUAUAUAGACAGACAUAUACACAUAUCUAUAUAGACAGACAUAUACACAUAUAUACAUACACAUACCUAUAUAGACAUACAUAUGAACAUAUAUACAUACCUAUGUAGACAGACAUAUACACAUAUAUAUAUAUAUACACAUACCUAUGUAGACAGACAUAUACACAUAUAUACAUACACAUACCUAUAUAGACAGACAUAUACACAUACACAUACCUAUAUAGACAUACCUAUAUAGACAUACAUAUACACAUACCUA